AGUCAAGUCUCUGAAGGGGUUUAUAGGAAUAUGUUGCAACAGAUAGCAUCAGCACAUUUCCUGAGAGUGAAUGUAGGAGGAAGGAACCAAGAAGCCACUUCAAAACCAAUCCUGCCUACUCCCUGAGGUUGGAGAGACUGAUGCCCUGGCCACACUCUUCUGCCGAUAGUAGACCAGCGGAAGACCCUUGAACCAGCCUCUGAGCCACCAUGAUCUGUAGGCUCCUUUCCCUUCUCUGCCUGCGGCUGUGUGUUGGGCAAAUAGGCAUUCCUGAAAAUGGGCCUCCUUCCAAGCCCAGCCUCAGUGCCUGGCCCAGCACAGUGCUUCCCACUAAGAGCAACGUGAUACUGCGAUGUAAGAGCCCUACCCCAAGUAAACACUUCAUCCUCAAAAAGGAAGGUUUUGUUUUGGAUACUGUAAAGCCGUACAAUUUGACUGAGGAGAUGGCUAACUUUCAUUUCACUGAGCUACGACAGAGUGAUGGCGGACACUAUACCUGUGAAUACUACAGCAAAUGGUCCCACAACACACUGUCACAGCCCAGUGAUGCUCUUUUCCUGUUGGUCACAGGGUACUUGCCUAAGCCCUCCUUCCAAGCCCACCACAGGGGCACAGUGACUGCAGGAAGCACGGUGACUUUGCAAUGCCAGAAAGCAGGCAGUGUACUCGGACCCAUAUGGUUUGCAUUGCUGAAGGUGGGACACUCAACUCCUGUGCAGACGAGGGGCUCAGCAGGAAUGGUAUUAGACUUCUCUCUUCAGAAUGUAACAGCCAGAGACGCCGGGAAAUACAGCUGUGUUUACUAUCAGGCAAAGGCUCCCUAUCGGGCCUCAGAUCCCAGCAAUCUCCUUGAGAUCUCUGUGAUAGACAACCAUCUACCUCAAGAUUCUGCUGCAUCAACUUUCCCACCACAACCAAAGGAAACCUCAUACAAGCCCCUCGAUACCAUGACAGAAGACUAUACCAUGGGUAACCUCAUCCGGAUCGGUGUGGCUGCUGUAAUCAUACUGAUAGUAGGAGGCUUUCUGGUCGAAGCCUGGCAUAGUGAGCGGCUAUCUCCAAAUAGACAGUGGGACACACAGGGGAAAGGAUGUCUUCCUAAAGCAAACACGUGAAAGACUGUUUUCCUGAAGCAGACACAGGAGAAAGGACGUUUCGAUAUAGGGAACUCGUGAAAGGACGCUUGAUGAAGGAGUUUAAACGUGACCCCCACAGAGAGUGGGAGAGAUGCACUGAGCCUUGGUUUGGUUUGCCCUGCCUUGCUGUUUUUCACUAAACACACACACACACACACACACACACACACACACACAUCGGUUCGCCUUACAUAGCACUGUUGAGCUCAACUUAUAAUGCUGCCAUUGUGAGAUGCUCGCCCAAGAACUGCUUGUGGAGUUCUGGUGGCAUCUUGCCACUUCUGUGGCCUCACCUUAGGCUUGUUGGUGAGCCUAGUGGAUUCCUCAGGAUUGAACUACAGCUGCUGGCUCGUGCCUCAUGUCUGCCUGCCUAGACUGGUCUGCAGCUGCUGGGUCUUUUUGGUGUUUGCUACAGGACUGACCUGUUGAGAAAGAUCGAGCUCACCCACAAAGAACUAUUGCCGAAUAGGUCCACUUCCCCCAUGUCCUAAUAACUUUUCUCUUCUGCUACCUCUGUUGGUUGGUGGGUUAGAGGAGAGGUUGUGAACUCCAAAAGACUACCAAGGACCCAAGUCCAAUGCAGUCGCAUUAGGGUCUCUUUAUUCAAGCUGGGGCUUGGUCUCCCCGCCAACCUUGACACAGCAGGAAGGGGGAGCCCUGAGCCUAGUUUCAGGCAAGCAGUUAUAGAGGCAAGGAGGUGGUAUCUAGCCUAGUAUACCUCUGAUUAGGGGACCAUUAUGGACUUUAACAUAAUUGACUGCUGCUGGGAGCCAAACCAUAAACUUAACUUCUGCUUUCCUCCUGAUUGGUGGUUGUUAGGAAGAAGUGAAGUGUCAGGGGCAGGCUUGUAACCUGGAGGUGCAGAUUUGUUGGGGAGUAACCUGGAAACUGGUGCUAGGUACCGGCCUGUUUGUUUACUUGAGCUCAACCUUACUUAGGUUAGGUUCUCUAAAACGUUGUCUGAACCCAAAACGGAGCAUUUAGGAAAGAUUAUGUCUUUCAAACAUCUCCAGAUAGGAAGGAAGGGAAAAGGGGGUGAAUGAGAAUCCCUCCAAUCUAGAAAUUGCCUUCCUCUCAAUUCAGUUCUGUCCUUCCGUCCCACAGUGCCCCGGGAGAAAAAUGGAUCCUUGCAUCAAAUUAUCUCUAUUAAUUUACGUGCAACCUUGAUGCAGGGUUUGGGGAAUCAUCCAGGGACAGGCUGCCUCAUCCUGACUCUUCACAUAGAACAGAGGCCUGGACAUACAUGUCUGCGUGCACACACACACACACACACUCUCUCUCUCUCUCUCUCUUCUUCUUCUUUUUUUUUUUUUUUUAAGUACAUUUUCCCCCUUUAGUGUUUUGGAGACAGAUCUCUCUAUUAUAUAGUCCUGGUGGUUGUAGAACUCCCUACGUAUACCGGACUGGCCUUGAACUCACAGAGAUCCAACUGCCUCUUCAUUCCAGUGCUGGGAAUAAAGGUGUGUGUCGCCACCCCCAAACCCAAUUUGCAUUUUCUUAAGAAUAUACAUGUUGCUGGGCAGUGGUGGUGAACACCUUUAAUCCUAGUACUUGGGAGACAGAAUUAAGCGAAUCUCUGAGUUCGAGGCCAACCUGAUCUAUGGAAACAAAUUCCAGGACAGCCAGGACUAUGCAGAGAAAUCCUGUCUUGAAAACAGAACAACAAUAUACAUGUUGAACAUCCUCUUUGGGACUGUUGGCUAUCUAGAAUAUGUAAAUUAUAUAUUUACCUCUGUAUACAAUGUAUUGUGUGUUUCUUACAUAUAUGCUUAUAUUCUUCUUUAAGAUUUAUUAAUUUUCAUGUGUGAGUGUCCUGACAUUUAUAAGCCAAUGUAUGAGUGCCGGGAAUUGGAAGAAGUUUCUCUGCAAGAGCAGUAAGUGCUCUGAGCUGUUGAACCAUUGCUCCAGCCCCUCCCCAGAUAUAUUCUUAGUGAAUACUUCGUCCACUCCUUUUUACAUUAUCAAUGUAAAAUAGUAGUUUAUAGUAAGACUGUUCAAUAUAGGCAUAUAAUGAACUCAGAUCAUAUUCACCUCGCUAUGGCUCUUUCUCACCCCCAUCUUUCUCUAUUUCCCUUCUACAUCUUUAAUGGUAAAGGCAAAAUGUACCCCACAGGCUUUUGUGACUGGUCCCCUGGAACCUUUGGUACAGGCAGCAUGGCUGGUAUAAGGGGACCAGUCUAACCUUGAGGAUUAUAUUUGUGUGAUGGUUAGUUUUGAUUGUCAACCUGACACAUCUGGAAUGACUUGGCACAUCUUAAUUAGGGACCCUCUACAUUAGGUUGGUCUGUGGUCAUGUCUAUAGGGUUCUCUUAACUGGGUUAAUUAAGGUGGGAAGACCUACUCUGGGUUUGGAUGGCACCACUUUCCUAGGUCACCCAAAUUUCCUGAGAGCUGCAUGCAUUGAUGUAGUACUUUUUUUUCUUGACCAUGGAUGUAAUAUGACAACUGCAUCAAGGUCCUAGUGUUUUAAAAUCCCCUCGAUGCUAGACUUUAAUCUGGAGUUGUGAGUCAAAUUGUAUUGGGCUGUUUUUAUUGUGAAAUGGCCUAUCACUGAUCACCCUGACUGUUCUGGAACUCACCAUAUAAACCAAGAUGGUCUUAAACUCACAGAGAUCUACCUCAGGUUUGCUGGGGUUAAAGAUGUGCACCACUAGGCCUGGUCCUUUUUUUUUCUUUUAAGAUUUAUUUAAUUACAUAUUUUACAUAUAUGAGCACUCUAGUUACAUGUAUUCGUGUAUGACAGAAGAGAGAAUUGGACAGAAGAAAACAGCAGAUUCCAUUACAGAUGACUGUAAGCCACCAUGUGGUGGCUGGAAAUUGAACUCUGAACCUCUGCAAGAGCAGCCAAUGCUCUUAGGCACGGAGCCAUCUUGCCAGCCACUAGGGCUAGUAUUUGCUGAAGUGUUCUAUCAUACCCUUAUGGAGAAUGAAACUUUAGACAGUCUGCUUCUUGUUCCAUCCCAAGCUCCCUGCUUGAUGUGAAAAGCCUCCCACCACUACAACCUCCACCGUGCCGUGAUGGACUGAAACUAUGAACACAAGUAUAAAUUUCCUCCCUCGAGUUGUCUCUGCCAGAUAUUUUGUCACAGAGAUCAUGAAGAUAAGGAAUAUGAUAUCGCUAAUUGUCCCUCUUUCGUGCCAUUUUUCUUCCUUGAUCCCAUGUAUGAAAGAAGGAAUGUGACACUGUCUCUGUGGGCUUGCCAUUUCUCUGGACGUGGCUGGGUCUAUUUUUGGUGGUUUGAAUAUGCUUGGCCCAUGGAAAGUGGUAGUAUUAGGAGGUGUGGCCUUGUUGGAGGGGGUGUGUCACUGUGGGGUGGGCUUCGAGGUCUUCUAGGCUCAAGCUCUGCUCAGUGUGGAAUUCCGUUUUCCUUCUGGCUGUCUUCAGAACAAGAUGUAGAACUCUCAACUCCUAUAGCACCAUGUCUGCCUGCAUGCUGCCGUGCUUCCUGCCAGGAUGAUAAUGGACUGAGCCUCUGAAACUGUUAGCCAGCUCCAAAUCAUAUUUUCUUUUAAAGGAGUUGCCUUGGUCAUGGUGUCUCUUCACAGCAAUGAAACCGUAAUUGGGUUGUUUCUGAUGAAAGCAGAAAGAGGGACUAUUGGGUGGGGGAAGAGGACUGGAGAAGCUGGGAGAGAACUGAGAUGAAGAAUUGGGAUGAAUAAGAACAAAAGCGCCUGGGUAUAUAUGUGUGAAAAUGUCCAUAAAAUUCAUCACUUUGUACAUUAACUUAAAAUAAAUAAAUAAUGCCAGGCAGUGAGCGGUUGGAGCACACCUUUACGCCCAGCACCCAGGAGGCAGAGCAAGGUGGAUCUCUGUCAUUUUGAGGGCAGCCUGGUCUACAGAGGGAGUUUUAGGCAGCCGAGGCUACAUGAAGGAACCCGGUCUUGAAAAACCAAAAAUAAAUUUUAAAAAUCAUUUUAAUAUUUUAUUU